AUGAAUUCAGUCAACGCGUGGGGAGAGCCGAUGCCUGACGAUAAUUGCAUAAUACCCAGCUACUCCGGACCCGGGCUUGCUUCCGUAUCGCGCAGUGGACCUUUCGACCAUGGCUUAUCGAUGCAUUAUCCAACUCCAUCAGAUAGCCACGAAUUUUCGACGUCGUGCUUUUCCAACGGCGGCUAUGACAAUUCUUUUCGCGCUCUGAACAACCCUAACUCGACAUUCAGUAAUAUAGACGAGAGUGUGCAACAAAAUAUCAGCCCGACGACAUCGUUCCCUUCACAUCAGCAACAGGCUGCUUAUCAGCACCACCGGCAGAUGCAUCACCAGGUGCAUCCCGGCAGACCCCCUUUUGUGCACAGCAACGGCUUUCACUCCGACCACCACAGUUCCAGUUACAGCGGAACUCCCCAGCCCCUGAGUGCUGGAGCGACUGAGGAGGGAGUCGAUGCAGCCAGCUACGACUCAGAUCAUUCACAGCAUGGCCUAUAUACCCACCAGUUCCGUCGGAUGAGCAGAACCAGCGAUAUCAGCACCGCCUUAUCACCCGCCUCCGUUCUCUCCUCCCAGGUAAGCAACGACAACAGCAUGGUGUUUCCGGCAAGAUCAAAGCAGCAGCAGCAACAUGAGCGCACCCGCCGAAAGAAUCGAAUGGCGGCUAGCAAGUGCCGAGAGAAGUCCAAGAAGAACACCGACGACCUACGCCAGCGUGAGCGUGAGCUGGUGCUGCAAAAGCAGAUAUUGACAGCCUGCGCAGCGGAUCUCAGGGACGAGGUACUGGCGCUCAAACACGAAAUCCUCAGCCACGCCAGUUGUAAUUGCGAGUACAUACAGAACUACCUGAUAGCGGCCGCUUCACAGGUACCUAUCGACGGAAUCCUUCAACUUGCUCUGUGCGAUGAGCAAGCAAUGCAACGGCGUUCAGCAAACACAUACGACCGACAUAGGUUAGGUUCAAAAGCGGAUAAGGAUACGAUUUCGGAAGUGGCCUCGAUUAACCAGCAGCGUGCCAUAUCGUGUCGGCUGCAGAAAUUGGAAGCGCAAAGCAGACACCGACACCAGGCGCCUCAACUGCGUUCGACGAUCGAGACGAUGUAA